CAGACAUCUGCAGGUCUGUGAGCAGGACAGAGGGAUUAACGACACAAGGACUUCAACAGCAGCAGUCAUGGUGGACGCGGCCGCAGCCGAGCAGUUCCUGGACGCCAACCCGGAGUUCGCCAAGGAGUUUUACGACAGCAACAUCCGGCCCAAAGUCAUCUCGGACCUGCUGGACGGAAACCGCAAGCCCAAGGUGGACACGAGCAAGUACCACGAGCUGAGCAUGGUGGACGAGAGCGAGAUCAUGUUCGACCUGAUGCGGGACAUGCAGGACAGCCUGCAGAUGGAGCGCUCCAUCUUCAAGCUCAUGGUGCACCUGAGCUUCAUCAUGAGGGCCGACCGGAUGAGUCUGUUCAUGUACCGGCAGAGGAACGGCGUGGCCGAGCUGGCCACCAGGAUAUUCAACGUCCAUAAGGAUGCAACGUUUGACGAGUGUCUGGUGCCGCCGGACAGUGAGAUCGUUUACCCGCUGGACAUGGGCAUCGUGGGCCACGUGGCCACCAGCAAGAAGAUGGUCAACAUCCCCGACGUGUCGCAGAACGAACAUUUCAGUGACUUUGUGGAUGAGCUGACGGAGUAUAAGACCAAGAACGUCCUGGCCAUCCCCAUCAUGAACGGCAAAGACAUGGUGGCCGUGUUGAUGGCGCUCAAUAAGGUGGACGCGCCAAGCUUCACGAAGCAAGACGAAGAGGUUCUAAACAAAUAUCUGAACUUUGCCAACCUGGUGCUGAGGGUUUUCCACCUGAGCUACCUGCACAACUGUGAGACCAGGAAAGGACAGGUGCUGCUGUGGUCGGCCAGCAAGGUGUUUGAGGAGCUGACGGACAUCGAGAGGCAGUUCCACAAGGCUCUGUACACCGUCAGAGCUUUCCUCAACUGUGACCGCUACUCCGUGGUUCUGCUGGACAUGACCAAGACCAAGGAGUUCUUUGACUUGUGGCCGGUUCUGAUGGGAGAAGUUCCACCGUAUGACGGACCCAAGACUCCGGACGGAAGAGAAGUUAUUUUCUACAAACUGAUUGACUACAUCCUCCACGGCAAAGAGGACAUUAAAGUUAUACCGAGUCCUCCGGACGACCACUGGUCCCUGAUCAGCGGUCUGCCCACCUACGUGGCAGAAACUGGCCUGAUUUGCAACAUCAUGAAUGUCGCCGACGAUGACUUCUUCAAAUUCCAGAAAGAGCCGCUGGACGACUCCGGCUGGACCAUCAAGAACGUUCUGUCGAUGCCGAUCGUCAACAAGAAGGAAGAGAUAGUGGGAGUGGCAACGUUCUAUAACAGGAAGGACGGGAAACCCUUCGAUGAAAUGGACGAAACACUGAUGGAGAGUCUGACCCAGUUCCUGGGCUGGUCGGUGCUGGUGUGUGACACGUACGACAAGAUGAACAAGCUGGAGAACCGGAAGGACAUCUUCCAGGACAUGGUCAUGUAUCACAUCAAGUGUCGCAAGGACGAGAUCCAGAGAGUUCUGGACACCAGAGAGAGAUGGGGGAAGGAACCGGAUGAGUGCGAGGAGGAGGAGCUCCAGGAGAUUCUGACGGAAGUUCUGCCAAACUCUAAGAAAGCUGAGAUCUUGGAGUUCCAUUUCUGCGACUUUGAGCACAGCGAGCUGGACCUGGUGAAGUGUGCCAUCAAGAUGUACUACGAACUCAAAGUGGUGGACAAAUUCCACAUUCCCAGAGAGGUUCUGGUGCGGUUCGUGUACUCGGUCAGUAAAGGCUACCGGUGCAUCACCUACCACAACUGGAGACACGGGUUCAACGUGGGACAGACCAUGUUCACGCUGCUGAUGACGGGAGAUCUGAAGCGUUACUACACCGACCUGGAGACGAUGGCCAUGGUGACGGCCGGCCUCCUGCACGAUAUCGACCACAGAGGAACCAACAACCUCUACCAGCUGAAGUCUGGUAAUCCUCUGGCCAAGCUGCACGGCUCUUCUAUCCUGGAGAGGCACCAUCUGGAGACGGGCAAGACUUUGCUGAGAGAUGAGAAUCUGAACAUUUUUCAGAAUCUCAACCGGCGCCAGAACGACACCGUCAUCCACCUCAUUGAUAUCAGCAUCAUCGCCACCGAUCUGGCUCUGUACUUCAAGAAGAGGACCAUGUUCCAGAAAAUAGUGGACCAGUCCAAGACCUACGAGAACUGGAACGACUGGACCAAGUACAUGAUGCUGGAGACCACGCGCAAAGAAAUCGUCAUGGCCAUGAUGAUGACGGCCUGUGAUCUCUCUGCCAUCGCUAAACCCUGGGAGGUUCAGAGCAAGGUGGCGCUGUCCGUGGCUGCAGAGUUCUGGGAGCAGGGAGACCUGGAGAGGACGGUCCUGGAGCAGAACCCCAUCCCCAUGAUGGACAGAAACAAAGCGGCCGAUCUGCCGAAGCUGCAGUGCGGUUUCAUCGACUUCGUCUGUGCGUUUGUGUACAAGGAGUUCAGCCGCUUCCACGUGGAGAUCACCCCCAUGUGCGACCGCCUGCUGAACAACAGGAAGGAGUGGAACGCGCUGAAGGAAGUGCACGAGGCCAAGCUGGCCGCCAUCGAGGAGGAGAAGAAAGCCAAGGAGGAGGCGGCUGGGCAGGCCACGGCGGCAAAAGAAGCGAGUGCCGGCCAGUCAAAGACGUGUGUCCUCAGCUAGAGACGCUGCAGAGAAACCUCCUCGCCGGCGGCAUCGUUUCAGUCAAGACCUUCACGUUUAUCUUCUCUGGGAUUUUUGAGCUGACACCUGAAAGCUGCGUCUCCCUGGCAACCCCUCCCACUCUCAGAGAGAUGUUGACCGACGGGUGCAAAGUGAAAUGUACCAACUUAAAUCAACUCUUUUUUGUCCUGCUCUGCUUUUCCUCUGCACUCUUUCUACUUGUACAAUCUUUUGAUGCUUUUCUUACUUAGCUGUGCAGACUUGUACGAUAUGUUCGGGUGUUUUUGAGUUUCACGAGUUUCCCAAGUGAGUUUUAUUUCUUUUCUUUUCUCCAUUCAUCAACAAAUCAAUGCAGCAUCAGAGUGCAGGCCUGUUUGAAUUGAUUACAGCGCUGAAACCAGGGGCCUGUUUGAUGAAGUCUUAAAAGAACAAACUAAUAACCGGAGGAAAAGGCUGCAAAUGUCAACAAUUAUGUUCUACUAUUUACACAUACCAUUAUAACAGUUCUCCCUCGUUUGUCUACAAGACCAGAGCUGGUAGAGGAGCCAAAAACUGUACUCAAGUAAAAGUACUGUUACUUCAGAAUAAUAUGACUCAAGUAGAAGUAAAAAGUA